AUGGCAAAACUCUGCAAUGUAAAUGAAGGAAUGCCUGGGAAUCAAGGAAAGGUGGAAAACGAACACCCUCAGAAUGCUGCAAAACCAGAAGUAGCCUGUACUCUGGAAGACAAGGAAAACUUAGAAAAUGAGGGAAAGAUAGAAAACAAGGGAAAGACAGAAGAUGAGGAAAUACUAGAGGAUGAAGAGCCAGAGAACGAGGGAAAGCCAGUGAUAGAGGGAAAGUCAGAGAGCCAGGGAAGACUAGACAGUGAGGGAGAGCCAAAGGAAGAAGGAGAGCCAAAGGAAGAAGGAGAGCCAGUGGAAGAAGGAAAACCAGCCAUCAAACCAAGGACUGCAGGAAAGUGCCCAGCUGGGGAUGAUGUACCCAGGAAAGCCAAAAGAAAAACCAACAAGGGGCUGGCUCAGUGCCUCAAGGAAUACAAAGAGGCCACACACGAUAUGCAUUUGAGCAAUGAGGAGAUGAUAAGAGAAUUUGACGAGAUGGCUAGGGUAGAGGAUGAGGUGAAGAAAACCAAACAGAAAUUGGGGUGGGGGUAUGUGGAUGCAAAAAGGUUUACAGGACCCCUUCCACCCAACGGGCCUAAGGGAACUCAGGGGUGGCUGUAGGGCCCCACAAAGGGGCUUUGAAGACAUUCCUUCU